AUGUCGGAGGUGACGACAGCACUUGAACUCCAUCUUCCGAGCAGGCGUAUUAAUGCCUCAGAUAUGUCGCCGGAGUUUCUGAGAAGGCAUCACCUAAAACAUGGAAAUGACCGCGGCGAUGACCACGAGGAAGAUAAAGACAAUCCGUUGUUGCAUUUCUGCUGGCAACAGCAGAGGUGCGGCUCAUGCCUGGAGGCCUCGAGAGCGUGCAGCUGGUGUCCUGAUUCUUCAACCUGCGUCCCCAACCGCUUUCCCUUCCCCCUCCUCGGGCCCCUAACCUCCCCUUCCAUCUGCCCCCUAGGCUCCCGCGAGCGCUGGGAGCUACGCGCAGCGCCCCUCGGCUGCAACGUCAGCACCCUCACGUUCAUGACCGGUGCGGUGUCGGUGUCGGGUACACUUGUGCUGGUGUUCGUGGGGUGUGUUAUCGUUGUGCUUGGAAGGAAGGUAUGGAGAGCUGUUCGGUUCCGGGGUGGGGGUCGGCAGAGGAGGAGGGGGAGGAGGAUUGUAGCUAUUGUUGAGCAGGAAAGGAGGCCGUUGCUGGCUUAG